AUGACAGAAGGCGUGAAUGAUAACAAAUUAGGUGACCUUUUGGCAAAUGUCCAAUCCAUUUUGAAUGUUGCUUCCGUGAAGUGUCACGUAGUGGACGAGAGUUUUCCAGCCAAGUUCUUUGAGAAAAAUCCGGACAAGAUAUACGAAUCGUAUUGUAAGUUUCUCAAAAAUAGAAGUAACUCGGAAGGUUCUAUACGUAAUGAAGAUAAACUAGCUUUGACAACCAUCAACAAAAGAUUUGAAGAUGGAGAGUACGAACCCGUACAAGGUGGAUUUUAUAAGCUGUAUCACGAUAUCAAGCUAGUUUGUACAAUUCUCAUCCAUUUUUACCCCCAGGGUACAAGGAACUACCAGUUAGUUGAUAAAUUUUACAAAUUUUCCUCGGAGCUUCUAUUACGAGAAUGCUGCAGAGUAGGGAUUGCGCUAACACAAACAAUCAAUGCGAAGUCAAGAAGUGGGAAGGCUGCCAGUGGGAACGAAGCGGAUGAAUACGACGAUGAUGAUGCGACAGAGCUAGACAAAAUAAUAUCUUAUGAUUUCAUCAAGAUUUCUAUGAACUAUUCAAUACCGAUUUCUCAUACAUACCAAAUAAGGACCAAGGAUAUGGAUCUUUUCUCUUCGAUUAUCUCUAAAUCUAAUCUUGAUAAAAGACCUCAUGAACUGCCUAAUACAAAUUUUAAGAUAAACAGCGUUUUACCUCAAACUGAUAUAGAAAAUGAAGCCCCAAGGUUAGGAUUUGUGGGCGCCAAUACCAGUAAUAUACCAGAUCCAACUUUACCACCAACUGAGAUGAUGACUAGAUUUUUGCAUCCAAAUUGGUAUGCUUUACCUACCACCGUCUGGUUAAAAUAUGGGAACUAUAAUUCCUGGGCACCUUCCUUCAAUGAGAAUGGUACCGUUGUGGAUUCGACAACAAGAGGCCUUAUUUGGCUUGAAAGAAUCGGCUACAUGGAUCUGUUUGAAAGAAACGAGAAGAAAGCAAUAGAGGAGGAGCGGCUGGACGCAGGCGAAGAAGACAAAAAUGGCGAACAAGAGGAUGACUAUGAGGCUGUUAAUGGCGGGAGUAAUGGUGACAAAAACGGUAAUGGUAAUGACAGCGAUGCAAGUAUUGCUUCUAAGAAUGCUGAGGAUGCCGAAGAUGACGAACAAUCUCUAAUCAAGCUCCAAAACUUGUAUAAUUGGGCACCAUCUAACUAUAUUGGUGACGAUGAGAUUGAAAGUUUUCAGAAUGGUACGCCGGAUAAGUUGGUUUCAGAGUCCCUUUUAAGGCUAAAAAAACUAAGAAAGGAAAGAAUCCUAAAUAGUGUUUCCAGGCCCACUGAAGAGGAGAGGGAAAUCUAUUUCAAGGUGAAAAGAGUACUGAAGGAAGUUAUCUUGGCAAAGAAAGUUUCCAAGCUACCUAUUAACAAUGUUAGGGCAUUCCCAGUAUUACAAACAAACUAUAAUGGUAGUAUACCCGUAGUGAGGGCUCAACCAGGUCGUAAAAGGAAACACAAGAAAUGA